AUGCCCAGGCCCCCAGGACUGAGAAGGACCAUCCCCGAGCUCCCUGUGGCGUGCCCCGAGCGCCUGAGCCUGGAGGAGCGGGAGGACAGGGCCAACCUCAUCUUCACGGGGCGCAUCGAGUGGCUUCCGGGGGGCAGGAACCGCGUGACCCGGCACAUCGUAGGCGGGGAGGGCGUGGCGGGCGGCGUACGGGUGAAGCGGGUGCUCAAGGGGCGCCGCGACGUGGCCGGCCGCCUGGUGGAGGUGCUGGGUCUCGGGGGCGACGAGGUGUGCAACUCGCACGCCCGCGUCAGGGACACCAAGAUCUUCCUCACGUACCUCGACGACACCAACCACGUGCACCUCAACUCCUCGCUCAUCCGACUCACGCUCAGGAACCUCAGGAAGAUCACCAAGGCCGUGCAAGAGUUCAAUGAUUUUCAAACCAUAGAGCAGGUGUGCUUUGCCGUCUUCAAAUCACAGCUCACACCGCCAUAA